GCGGCUGGCUGUUUCCUGCGGAGGAGGAAGAAGGCGCUCUUGGCCGAAACUUCCGGGUUCCACCGGCGGGGUCUGGGUGUUUGGGUUGCUGACGAGGCCGGCCGCGAUGAACCGCUUCUUUGGGAAGGCGAAGCCGAAGGCGCCGCCGCCGAAUCUGACAGACUGCAUCGGCACGGUGGAUAGCAGAGCAGAAUCUAUUGACAAGAAAAUUUCCAGGCUUGAUGCCGAACUGGUGAAAUACAAAGAUCAAAUGAAGAAGAUGAGAGAGGGGCCUGCAAAGAACAUGGUAAAGCAGAAAGCACUGAGAGUGUUAAAACAGAAGCGAAUGUAUGAAAACCAGCGCGAUAACCUUGCCCAGCAAUCUUUCAAUAUGGAACAAGCCAAUUACACUAUCCAGUCUCUGAAAGACACAAAAACAACGGUUGAUGCUAUGAAACUGGGAGUGAAAGAAAUGAAAAAAGCUUACAAGGAAGUAAAAAUCGAUCAGAUUGAGGAUUUGCAAGAUCAGCUGGAGGACAUGAUGGAAGAAGCUGGUGAAAUCCAAGAAGCGCUGGGUCGUAGUUAUGGAACUCCAGAGAUUGAUGAAGAUGACUUGGAAGCAGAACUGGAGGCACUGGGUGAUGAACUUCUAGCUGAUGAGGACAGUUCCUAUUUGGAUGAAGCAGCAUCUGUUCCAUCAAUUCCAGAAGGCAUGCCGACUGAAUCCAAAAACAAGGAUGGCGUAUUGGUGGAUGAAUUUGGAUUGCCGCAGAUCCCUGCUACAUAACUUGUUGAGUCUGUUGGGAAUGCUAUUUUUUCACCUUACAAACUUUUUAACAAAAACACUUGAGGAUUUGGACAUUGCCGCUUUCCACACUACCGCUCCACGUCUCCACAUUAUGGAACAUGGAGUAAAUGAUGAGAUAAUUCCCCUCCUUUUGAAGACAUUUUACUACUAGAUUUUUGUAUUAAUGGCAAGACGUUAGCAUCACUCUUUCCUUUACUGAGAACCAUUGAGAGUGCUAAAUCUUGGCUUGAUCGCUCUUGUAGGAUUAUUGUAGGGAAAUAGUUUGGGCUACUUAUAGUUUUCUCUGAUUUGUAUUUCUCUCUCAAACACAAAAGGAGAUUGUUGUGGUGGUUUUUCUGAAAAGAACUUCCAUAGUGUAUGCUUUGAUUGUAAUAUUUCUAAGAUGACUGUAAUGUUGUUUGACAUAACUCAUAAGUGUAAUGGUAAUGAACACAUACAGAGGAGAACGCCUUGUAUAAUCCAUUCUGACAUAAAAUGCAUAAUGGGUUGAGUAGCUUGAUCCUGUUGUUUGGAACUUUUUAAAAAGAGCUUGUUCCUGUUAUUUUAAACAUAGAGAUGUUUAAAAUUGUUUAGCAUUAUUGGUCUUGAGCUGGUGAUUAUGAACAUACCAGUUCUUUCCAAUUCCAUCUGGGAACAACUUAAAACUUUGGGUUCUCCAAUCUACAAAAUGCUAGAAGGCAUUUCUUCCUUGUUUGAGAAACAUGAAGCCCUGCUUGUCCACUUGUGUUGGGAAAUCCAUGUUGAGGGAGGGAGGGAGGGAGGGAGGUGGACGGUGGUAGGGUGGCAGUUUUCUUCUCACCUCUUACCCUUCAAAAGUCCUGCUCAUGUCCCAUUGCCAGGAACCCCAUGCUCUUCAGAAAGGCAGAAAAAAUGAUGUUGGUCAAGCUUUAGAGCUGCAAGCUAUACAGACACAUACUGAAUGAAAAAUAGUAGUUAAGACUUUUCCAAAAGCGAAUUCAUAUAAAAUACUUGUUGCCUCUGUACCUACUGAGAUUCUGUUUUUUGCGUUGACUGCAGCCAUAUUGAAUCUGGAAAUCAAUAGUGCUUAAUCUCCUUUCUUAAAACAUAUUUCUGUGAAAGAAAGAGAAUGGGUGGAGGUUUAAUUCUAGUGAAACCUCAAUAGAGAUGAAAAGUGAGGGUGUAUGCCUUUUUCCUAAGCUGUGUAGUAAAAUACAUACGAAUAAAAAUAUGUAUUGAGACAUCAAA